AUGAAGUUCCAACUCCUUGUUACUCUACUUCCUGUCGUGUUACCCUUGGUGCAUGGCGCCCCUGCUCGCAGGGAUACCUCCAACCCCGAUCUUCGCGGAAGCGACUCGCUAGUUGGAUAUUCGCCAGACAAUAAGGGUGGCAGCGACUCACCGCCUGAUAUCGAGUAUACUCUUAUUCCAGGGCAGAAGGAAGAUCAGAAAAUUGGGUCAUACCUCGAUUUUGAGAAAGCCGACAAUCCCCAGCCGAUCCGUGGGUCCACGGGUGCUGAUGAUCCUGGUCCCAGGAACUAUUACUAUGACAGGAUAAAUAGCGAUAAGCUUGCACCCCCGGAACUGACCAUGGCCAGACCAUCAAUGCGCAGUGGCCGAUGGUCUUCCAUUCCCGAACAAGAAAAUUACAGAUACUCAUACCUUUUGAAAAGACUUGGAAUAGAUGGAGCUGGUUGGGCUCGCCAAGAGAACACAGUUGUGAUGCCGGAUGCGACGCUCAUGGCUGGUGUCGAUAUGCGCCUGGCACCUGCUGGUUAUCGUGAACUUCACUGGCAUGUGGCUGCCGAAUGGUCCUUGGUGCUCAAUGGGUCGUGUCGAAUUCAGGCUGUGAACGAGAAUGGGGAGACAUUCGUGGACGAUCUUACUGCCGGCGAUGUGUGGUUCUUCCCACCCGGUGUUCCUCAUUCUAUCCAAGCCCUCGACGAUGGAGUCGAGUUCCUUCUGGUGUUCGACGAUGGAGACUUUAGCGAGGAUAAUACAUUCCUCGCAACAGAGGUCUUCCUCCACACUCCAAAAGAGGUCCUCUCGAAGAAUUUCGGAGUUGACAUAUCAGCCUUUGACAAGAUUCCCGACGACGAACUAUACAUCUUCAAGGGCACGCCCGCCCCGGCGGACAUCGAGAAGCAGAACGUGACGACAGCUGCUGGUCUUGUGCCUCUAGCUCAGAGCUAUUCGUAUCAUUUCUCUGAGCAGCCAGCUCACAAAGUUGCUGGGGGUUCAGUCAAGAUCGUCGACCCGCUCACCUUCCCCAUUGCCAGCAACUUCUCCGCCGCUAUUGUCACCGUUCAUCCAGGUGGCAUGCGUGAGAUCCACUGGCAUCCAACUAGUGACGAAUGGACGUUCUUUAUUUCGGGCCAGGGUCGAGCAACGCUUUUCACUGCCCCGGAUGCCGCGACUACAUUUGAUUAUGCCGGUGGUGAUGUUGGUUACUUCCCAAAGUCUAAUAGUCAUUAUAUUGAGAACACCGGUGAUGAAGACUUGGUCUUUGUGGAAGUGCUGCAGGCGCCUAAGUUUACAGAUGUAGCUCUUGGUCAAUGGAUUGCAUCCACGCCGAAACAAAUCGUUGCGGACACACUCAAUCUCAGUGAGGACAUGCUUGACAAUCUCAAGACUGAGAAGCAAUUCGUUGUCGCUGGCACUAGCAGUUAG